AUGGAACUAGAGGAAGAUCCUUUUUCUCUCCUGUGUAUCUGUGCGCUGUGUACGCUUCCUAUAUCCAUGAUGAAUUCCAAUCGUGUGCCAACCCAAUUCCACAGAGACAUGCCUGCACAAUACAUGGAGGCUGUAUCUUCUUACUUCACUUCCGAACUUUAUAAUGAAGAAAAGAAAAGAAACAGCCAACACGGGAAUAGAAGCCAGAAAAAACAAAAGAACAAAAAAACAAAAAAAAGUUGUGAAAAAAAGGAAGGAAGAACGCAGAAGAGUGUGUACAGAUGGCAGUGGAAAUAG